GAAGCUGGGGUUAUUUUUCUUAGCCGCCGUCGCCCGUCUGGUUCAUCCCGCCUCCUGCGAACGAACUCGAGCGCUCUCGUUUUCUUCUCUUUUUCAACUGACUCGAAGCUCUUUCUUGCUCUAUUUCACCGAAGAUUCAACGGUGGUCAGCUCUAACUUUGACGAUUUUGCGAUGGUAAUCGAAGCAGUUGAGUGUUAAUCAGAGUUCAUUUCGUGCCAUUCCACCGCCGACUGGAAAAGCUGAUUACUUUAAACUCUUUCACUCGGUUUGAAUUCUCUCUUAGCGUCCGCUGUACUUAAUUUGAUCAACUGAGCUUUCGCUGCAUUUGUUCUCUUAAACCCAUCUUUUUUCUCACGUACUGAAUGGGAACAGAGUUACCACCACCGCCAUAUGGAAUACCCUACAGCAGUUAAUGAUAGUCUCUCUCUUAACUUUGAAGUGCCCAUGAUCAUUUUUGAAUUCUUUACGGGGAUGAGUAUCUUAUGAUUGAAAGGUGAUGAAUGUGACUUACAUCGUAGUCUGCUGCCUGCUGGUUUUGAUUGAGUGCUUUUGGUUAUUGUUGCUGGAUUAUUUGGGGGAAUGCAUCCCUUAUGCAACCGUUUGCAGCUCUCGUGAAGGUGCACUAUUAAUCGAGAUUGCAUAUAUUGAUCUUUGAAGGCAUUUCUGGUAUGAAGGGUCUGCUUAGUAAGCUGAGGACUGUGUAUUGGGUAAAAGCAGUGGAUAGCUGCAACCUUUUGUAGAUUGAAGACUUUGCAUCAUCAAAUUGGGAUUUCUUUUUCUCCUCCCUCUACAACACAGAAGGAAAAGCCAAUAACGAUUAAUUUCCAUGAAUUGUUUGUUACAUGUUGUAAAUUGCCCCACCAAGCUCAAUAAAUUAAACCUCAGACUAGUCAAAUUUGCCUCAACUGCAAUUGCUCAACUAAGUCUGUGUUCUUUUUCGCACAGUGAUAACGAACAAAGUACCAUCUCCUACCCCUCGACUUCCAACGUUCAAUGUAACCCGUCAAAGGUGGUUCAAAUCUUAGAAAGUCUUCGAAAGGAACCCAGCAUUGCUUUUUCCUUCUUUUGCAAAUUGGAGGAACGGGGCUUUCAACAUAACAUCUCUACUUAUGUAGCUCUUAUUAGGAUAUUGUGCUUGUGGGGUAUGGAGCGGAAGUUAGACUCUCUGUUCUUAGAUCUUAUUGGCUCCAAGAAAAUGGAAUUUGAUGUUUCAGAUUUGCUUGAAUCACUUAAUCAAGGGCAUGUGGUGGAUGGCUCAUUCAUUCGAGCAUAUGAUGCCUUAAUCAAAGCUUAUGUCAGUGUAGGCUUAUUUGAUAGUGCCGUGGAUUUACUUUUCCGACCAAAAAGGAAGGGAUUUGUUCCACAUAUUUUUACUUGUAAUUUUCUCUUGAACCGCCUUGUUGAGCAUGGGAAAACGAAUGUGGCACUAACUGUGUACGAGCUGUUGAAGAGGCCUGGUUUCCAUCCUAACGAUUAUACUUAUGCUAUUGUAAUAAAAGCACUUUGCAAAAUGGGUAAUAUGAAAGAAGCUAUAGAUAUUUUUCAGGAGAUGAGUGCAGCUGGGGUGGUCCCAAAUGCCUUUGCUUAUUCUGCAUAUAUUGAAGGGUUGUGUACCCACCAUUGUUCAGAUUGGGGGUACCAGUUGCUACAAAAAUGGAGAGAAUCAGGUGCACCGAUAGAUGUGUAUGCUUACACUGUUGUAAUUCGUGGAUUUUGUGAAGAGAUGAAAAUAGACGAUGCAGAAAAAGUAUUUUUUUAUAUGGUAAAAUAUGUAGUUCCAGAUGCACAAACUUAUGGUGUGUUGAUCAAUGGUUAUUGCAAGAAGUUGAUGUUGCAAAAAGCAUUGUCUCUUCACAGUUACAUGUUGUCAAAAGGUAUAAAAACAAAUUGUGUGAUAGUAAGCUCUAUCCUUCAAUGCUUAUCUAGGAUGCAAAUGUAUUCAGAAGUUGUGAACCAAUUUAAAGCAUUUCAGGGUAAGGGGGUGUUUUUUGACAAGGUUGCAUACAAUAUUGUUGUUGAUGCCUUAUGUGAACAAGGAAGAUUGGGAGAAGCUAUGGAGUUGUUAGAAGAUAUGACGAGUAGACAGAUCCAGAUGGAUGUCGUGCAUUAUACAACAAUGAUAAAAGGUUUUUUUGUUCAAGGAAAAAUUCAUGAAGCAAGGGAAAUGUUUGAAAAAUUGAAGAAAAACGGUAUUGAGCCUGACACAAUCACUUAUAAUGUGCUUGCUGCUGGAUUAUCCAGAAAUGGUCUUGUAUCUGAGGUGCAAGACCUUCUACACUAUAUGAAGGAACAUGGCUUGAGAGAAGACCCCAGGAUGCGCAACUUGAUAAUUGAAAAUUUAUGUAUGGGAGGCAAAGUGAAAGAAGCGACAGCAAUUUUCAAUAAUUUAGAAGUAAAGACUCCAGAUAACUAUUCAGCUAUGAUUAAUGGGUAUUGUGCAGCCAAUCAUAAAAAAGAUGCAUACGAACUCUUUGUUGAUUUGUCCAAGAAAGGAUGUUUUAUUAAAAAUGGUUCUCUCAUUAGGCUAGUAAGUAGCCUUUGCAUGGAAGAUGCUAACGAUAGAGCUAUUAAGGUGAUCAAAAGACUGUCAACAAUGAAUUUGGAGGCUAAUGAAAUUGUGUAUAAUAAAGUCAUAGCUUCUCUCUGUCGUGUUGGAAAUAUGAAGAUGGCACAACGUUUAUUUGAUUGUUUAGUCUGUACUGGGUUAACUCCUGAUCUCAUCACUUACACAAUGAUGAUAAAUGGUUAUUGCAAGAUUGAUUUUUGGAGGGAAGCUUAUAGACUUCUGUGUGAUAUGAAGGAUCGAGGGAGGAAACCUGAUAUUGUUAUCUAUACAGUUUUGCUUGAUGGUCAAUUUAAAACCACACUGCGAGGGCUUUGCUCCUCAAUGGAUUCAAGGGGACUAAAGCAAGAAAUAGCUUUUAAUUCCACAAUUUUUUAUGAAAUGAAGGAUAUGAAGAUCACUCUAGAUGUUAUUUGGUACACUGUAUUAAUCGAUGCGUAUUGUAAAAUGAACAAACUUAAUGAUGCUGUUAUCCUCUUUGAGGAAAUGGUUGAUCAAGGAAUAGAACCUGAUACGGUGACAUAUACCUCCCUAAUAUCCGGCUGUUAUAAAAAUGGGGAUGUAAAGAAGGCUGCAAGUCUAUUUGAUGAUAUGUUGUCUAAGGGAAUUCUCCCUGAUGCACAUUUUUCAUCUGUUGCAAAUCGAUAUUCUACAAACCAAAGAAAAUGCAACUUUGAAACUGAGCACUUGGCCGGAUAACGGUGACUAGCAUCAGUCUUUGAAUUUUCCCAAUGAAGUAUAAUGGUUAUUCCUUGUCCUGGAGUCUCCACAACAGAGUUAUAUGAAGGCCCUCUACUUUCACCUAAGAUGAAGUAGUCAAUUAUGUGAGUUGCUGGAUUUAUGGGAUUAGAUACUCUAAUCUACAAUAUCAAGGAAUUCCUCAUGUUUAUACAACAUUUCCGAACUGUUGUAUACUGUGUUCAGGAGAUGGUGGAUUUGUUCCCAGGAGUACCCUAAAAAUUGGAAUCAAGGAGCUGAAGUGUAAUACUUCAUGUUAGGAAAAGACCAGAUGCACGGCAAAAGCCAGACUUGGUGUUCCUACUUCAAUACUGUAUGCUGUGGAUUGAGUACAACGCCCCUUAAAAUUUGGGUAUGUGGAGGGUCGUUCAGUGAAACAUAUACUCCUCAAAAUUGAGUGAUAUGCAAUGGGUGCAAAACAGGCCAAUAAUAUUUCAUGCAGACUCUUGUUGCAAUCAAAAACUGCAUGAUGGUGGCCUUUUUAAUGGCAACUUGACCAUUAUCAAACAAGUUGAUCAGGUCCUUGUUGAUUUUAGUCUAAGCUUCACUCAACCUCCUCUGGAAGAUAUAUACGUGUUUGAGCAAGCCCUGCGUUCAAAUGCAUUCAUCAUGUGGGGUUUUGGAGAUUUUUUUUUCCUUCAACCUGGUUUGGUCUCAAUAUCUUCAUCACAAAUAAUGAUUAAUAGUUACUAACGAAUAGAAUUGAAAUGAACAUAUGGAUUCCAAAUAGAUUCUUUGAUGAAUAUAUAUGUUGUAUAGAUGAAGCUAAUACUUGCUACAUAUCAGAAGAAGACUUCAAAGCUGUGGUGUAGCAGGAGGAGGUAACAUGUUGGUGCACUUCUCUUCGAUUUGCUCUGUACCUCGUAGAGGAAAUAAGUACGGUAUACUUUAUUUAUCCGCUUAUUAGAACUCCUUUUAAUGACCUAUGCAUUCUGUUAUCAUUUCCAGUUGGACGACAUUAAUCCAAUUUGAAAAAGAAAUGAAUUCUUUCCAUUUUUUAUGGGCUCCGAGCAGAUGAAGCCUUCCUUGUGCACCGUGGUUGGUUUCAGGAAA